AUGGAGACGUCAUCAAAAUUACGGAGAUCAACCAAGAGGGAAUACUAUUGGUUUUCUAGACAUUUUAUUGUGACUUCUCUGCUGAUCUUCAUCCUAAUUUGGUCCUUUGUUGGUGGUUAUGACAACAAGAUUUUGCCAAAUAGGAAUUGGGUUUUGAUUCUUCAGUGUAUCGUGUUAAUGGGCAUGCUCUUUGCAUAUUUUGGCUUGAUCUUCUAUAAUGACGAUAUAUUGGCUCCAAAUUUGGAUGAUAUGAGGACGAUUACUGACAGCCAUGCCUGUAUAGUCACCACCGAUAAAGAUGAUUUGGUGAAGAAUUUUGCAUUCAAGGAGACGAGUGGAGUCAUUGACUUACCAAUCAUGGAUGUUUGUGAUGUUUUAUAUAGGGAAAGAUAA